AUGGCUUCAUACCCUGAACCCCAAGAUACCAAUGGCCUCCAGAUGGAUUUUGAGCCAUACUGGUCCGGGAACUGGCUUGAUGCCCCCAUGGACGUAUUGACAACAGAUUUGGCCCCCCUUGGGUUUUCGGAGGAUUCGGCUCGCCAUUCCUUGCAAGCUCCACCCAGUACUAACUAUGCCACAUAUGAGCCAGGCGAUUUAUCGGUCAUGGGAAAUACUCCCAUGAACGAACUUGAAGCAAUCUUCGCCGAUCAACAAUACCGCUUAGAUGGAGAUGCCGAUGCGGCAUCGCAUGAGCACAGACUACCAAUUCCUUUCGAUGCGACCGAAGCCCCAUUAUCUGAUUUACCGGCGGUCGCCAAUGACGGCCUGGCCUCCAGCUCUCAGUUCAUGAACGACCGUUUUGAAUCGCCCAGCGAGGCGGCGUGGAAUUCCCACAAGCCGCAGAUAAAAGAGCUGUACAUUGGAGAACUCAAGUCCCUUGAAGAAACUAUGAAAUACAUGGCUGAAGUUCACAACUUUCGUCCAUCAAAGAAGAUGUACAAGGAAAAGUUCAGAGAGUGGGGAUGGUAUAAGAAUCUUCCAAAGGAAAUGGCGUUAUGGAUGUUCCAGAAAUACAAACAGCGAAUGCGGGAUAUAGGACUAGAUACGCAGUUUACGCUAGGAGAGCGGGUGUGGUCGUCAGGCCAAAUAUCAAAACGCGUUCAACGAUCUGGCAAUCCGCGACAUGAGAUAGUUACUCAUGUUCAGCGGACAGAUAUGACGACGCCAAUUGGUAUUACUUACUGCACUCCACAUAGCACAGUAUCGCCCCGCGACCGGACUCCAAUUUCCUGUAGCGGAGCCGUAUCCCGUCAUGGUUCGAUGAACCCACCAUCGGACCUCCAGGAUGCAAGACAAACUCCAUUCGAGACGCCACAGACAACUCGAAUGCACCCCCUUGCAACCCGAUGGCAGAACCACACACGAACAGAUAUUGAAACGCUGCGUAGUUCAGGAGACGAACUUGCUCGCCAAGGCGAAUACAGAGCCGCUGAAAGAAAAUAUCGAGACGCUUUGGCGGGACUAGAGAACUUGCUCCCACUAGCCCACGAUGAUACAAAUGCCAUGGCCUAUCAACUUGCCGCGUUUUAUGCCCAACAGUGUCGAAUGCGAGAUGCUGACAGCGUUCUCAGUAGAGUGGGUGAGCAACAUAUCAACCGUUGGGGGAUGAAUCACAUCAAGACAAUGACACAUAUCCAGCGCGUUGCCGAUUUAUAUCACAGCUGGAAUCGUGAUAGAGAUGCAGUUGCAUUCCUGCAGCGAGCAUUUGAGUGGUAUGAUUUUGUUGUUCAAAAUCAAAAUUCAGCCGCGGCCCGCACGUAUAACUUUAACUUUAUGCAUAAUGGUCAUCCGACGGCGGGCACUAAUAUGGCCAAUCCUCUGCGAAUUCCGUCGGUAGAGCAUGAUGAGGAAACUGUGAGUAGUUUGCCGAUGUCCAACCAAGACUCAGACUACUGUACUUCUACCGAUGUUUUCAAAACCGAAGAAGGAGAAGCUCCGUCGAUUCUUGACCUAAUCGAACGAUGUGAAAAAUAUCCACUUGAACUGGGCUCCGAGACGCUCCAGGCCCACCGGACAGUGAUAGACUAUUGCCGUGCGCAGAAGAAUGAAGAAGGGCUCGCAGCAGCCCUUAUACGAUCAGAAGCUGCCUUCUGGAAAAUAUUCGAGCACGCGCACGAGCAUAUAACCAUGUAUGUCCUGCAGAGUGCAAUCCAACUGGCAAAAGCCCACCUGAUAUCUGGCCGGCACGAAGUCGCAGAAGAUUUAUUCCUUAAAAUCGAGUCCGAAGCUAGAGAUAUUCUGCGACGAGAUCAUCAAGCCAUGAUCCGCAUUCUGGUUGACAUUGGUAUUAUUUAUCAGGACCAGAAUAGCUGGACUGAUGCAGGCCCCCGUUUCGAGCAUGCCCUUGCUAUUUCCCUCGUGGAGAAUGGAAUCGACAGCAAAGAGACAGAGAUGCUCGAGGCGGCUCUCGAUCGUAGGCACUUUGAAUCUUCAAGUCUGAAUUAUUUUCAAAUAUCAAUAGCUCUCGCCCAUCGGUGA